AUGGUGAAUAAGAACGCGCUCGAGUUAUGGAGUAUCUUCAGAGAGAGACUAAGUCCGACGGAUAUGAAAACGCUCACCUCCUUGUUGAUAGAUUAUAAUCGCAGAAGAAUCGAAAAGACACAACUCAUUGCAUCUGCUCUGCUUUUGUUCAAGAACGACGAGUUUCUUCACCGAUGCUUCACAGAUUAUCUCUACGGUAAAAAGUCUCAAGAAGAUGAAGAUGGAGAGACCCAAAGCGAUGAAGAAGGUGAGAUUCGAGAACAAGAUCCAAAGACUGAACUUUGCGUACGUAACAAGGAAGAAGCGAUGGUGUACUACAAAGAACAAGAAGAUGAAAAGAGUCACCAAAACGUUGAAGAAGAUCUUGAAGAUGCUAAGAUUAGGGUUUCUGACGAGCGAGACUUGGAACAUGCUACGAAUGUGUUCAGCCUGGAGGGAAAACGGAGAAGAAUCUUGAAACCGGAACCACCGAAGAAAACGUUAGCGAGAGUGACACCUAGCUAUGAGACUAUCCCCGAAGAAGAUCAGUUUCCUGUCUCAAACAAGGUACUGAACAACAAGUACUCUGUGACGCAACGUAACAGUGGUUCGGGACAUAAGAAACUGAGCAAAUACGAAGAAGCAAUUGAGAGAUGCCAAGAUGACAUGUUUGAGAGUGAUAUGAUGAUGGGAUCUCUUGAAAGUGCAGUGGAGAAUGCUGAGAAAGUAAUAGCGGAGGAGAUGAGCGUCGAAGAUCUCGGAGUGAAGUUCUACAAAUGCAUCGAAAGGCUAUACUGUAGAGAUAUGUCUGAGAUUGUGAGAGAAAACCACAUGAGGGCUUUACCUGUCAUCUUAAUCCGGUUGAAGCAGAAGCUAGAUGAGCUCACAGCCGUUCGAGAAAACUGGAAGAUUAUUUGGAAGCAAGCCAUUGAAGAAAACACUGCAAAGCAAAGAGAAGCCACUGCACAACAAGGCCGCAGGAAAAAGUGA